AUGACCGCCAUCCUGGAGCGUCUGAGCACCCUGUCCAGGAGUGGGCAGCAUCUGCGACACCUGCCCAAGAUCCUGGAGGAUGGGCUGCCCAAGAUGCCUGGCACUGUCCCCAAGACCGACGUGCCCCAGCUCUUCCUGGAGCCCUACAUCCGCGCCUGGUACCGCCCCACCAGCUAUGAGUGGCGCUAUUACUUCUUCAGCCUCUUUCAGAAACACAAUGGGGUGGUCAACGUCUGGACCCACCUGCUGACGGCACUGGCCGUCCUCCUGCGGUUCUGGGCCUUUGUGGAGGACGAGGACCUGCCGUGGACCUCUGCCUACGUGCUGCCCCUGCUCGUCUAUGUCCUGUCCUCCAUCACAUACCUCGCCUUCAGCCUCCUGGCCCACCUGCUGCAGUCCAAGUCGGAGCUCUCACACUACACCUUCUACUUCGUGGACUACAUGGGCGUGAGCGUUUAUCAGUACCCCGGCGCCCUGGUCCACUUCUUCUACACCUCCGACCAAGCCUGGUACGAGCACUUCUGGCUCCUCUUCCUGCCGGCCGCCGCCUUCUGUGGUUGGUUAUCGUGCGCUGGCUGCUGCUACACGGAGUACCAGUACCACAGGCCCUACCUGGCCAUGAGGAAGAUCUGCCAGGUGGUGCCGUCUGGGCUGGCCUAUAUCCUGGACAUCAGCCCCGUGGUCCAUCGUGUGGUUCUGUGCCACCUGUCUGGCUGCCAGGACCCAGCGGCCUGGUACCAUGCCCUCCAGAUCAUCUUCUUCUUGGUCAGUGCCUACUUCUUCUCCUGCCUGGUCUCGGAGAAGUACUUCCCUGGUUCCUGUGACAUCGUGGGCCACAGGCACCAGAUCUUCCACACCUUUCUGUCUGUCUGCACACUCUCCCAGCUGGAGGCCAUCCUCCUGGACUACAAGGGGCGACAGGACAUCUAUCUGCCACGCCACAGCCCCCAGUCCCUCUACCUGGCCUGCCUCUCCUUCUUUGUGGUGGCCUGCAGCGCGGGCACUGAAGCCUUCUCAAGACAAAAAAUCAAGGCCAAACUGACCAAGAAAGAUUCCUGA